GUCCCCGCCCCGCCCGCUGACGUCACGCCGCGGUGAAGAUGGCGGCGGGCCCGGGUCGGGAUCUGUGAGCGCCCCGGGCCCGCCAACAUGAGCUGCUCGGCGGACGCCGUGAAGGACAGGCUGCUGUGGAACGUGAAGAAGGAGGUAAAGCAGAUCAUGGAAGAAGCUGUCACCCGGAAAUUUGUACAUGAAGACAGCAGUCACAUCAUCGCCUUAUGUGGUGUGGUGGAGGCGUGUCUCCUGCACAUGCUGAAGCGCAGGGCUGCCGGCUUCCUGCGCACCGACAAGGUGGCCGCGCUCUUCACCAAGGUGGGCAAGACCUGUGCCGUGGCUGGAGACGUCUGCAAGAAGGUGCAGGAGCUGCAGCAGCAGGUGGAGAGCAGGAAAAAUCAGCCAAAUGGGCAGGAACCCCUCAAAAGGCAGGGAUCAACCACAAGCAAAACACCUGUCCUGACACCUCAGGCCAUCAAGCACAUCUGGGUUCGGACAGCCUUGAUUGAGAAGGUGCUGGACAAGAUUGUGCAGUACAUUGUUGAUAACUGCAGUAAAUACUAUGAAAAGGAAGCUUUACUGGCAGAUCCUGUUUGUGGCCCAAUACUGGCUUCUCUUCUAGUUGGACCAUGUGCUCUGGAGUACACCAAGCUGAAGACAGCUGACCACUACUGGACAGACCCUUCGGCCGACGAGCUGGUGCAGCGGCACCGCAUCCACGGCGCCCACGGCCGCCAGGACUCGCCCUGCAAGCGCCCAGCCCUGGGAAUCCGGAAGCGCCACUCCAGCGGCAGCACGUCCGAGGAUCGCUUCGCCGCUUCGGCGCGCGAGUACGUGGAGUCCCUGCACCAGAACUCCCGCACCCACCUGCUCUACGGCAAGAACAACGUGCUGGUGCAGCCAAAAGAUGACUUGGAGGCAAUUCCUGGGUAUCUCUCACUUCAUCAAUCAGCAGAUAGUUUGACAUUAAAAUGGACUCCAAACCAGCUGAUGAAUGGAACCCUUGGAGAUUCAGAACUGGAGAAAAGUGUUUACUGGGACUAUGCAUUGAUUGUGCCACUGAGCCAGAUUGUCUGCAUCCACUGCCAUCAGCAACCAGAAAGCAGAUGGACCCUAGUGCUGGUGAGUCAGGAUGGCACCCAGAGGCCUCCACUGCACUUCCCCCAAGGAGGGCACCUUCUGGCCUUCCUGUCCUGCCUGGAAAAUGGGCUCCUGCCCCGUGGCCAGCUGGAGCCCCCGCUGUGGUCCCAGCAAGGCAAGGGCAAGGUGUUUCCAAAGCUUCGAAAACGGAACAGCAACAAAUCAGUGGACCUGGAGGAGAUGCCAGCUGAGGACACAUCCACAGACUAUGUCUUCAGAAUUAUUUAUCCUGGACACAAGCACGAUAAUAUAACUAUUAACUACCACCACUUAGCUGCCAGCCGCUCUACCUCUGUUGACGAUGAUGAGGAGGAGGAAGAUAAGCUCCACGCAAUGCUAUCAAUGAUCUGCUCUCGGAACCUCACAGCUCCUAAUAGGAUGAAAGACACCAGUGAGAUGAUAGAGAUGCAAGGCUUUGGGGCAAACCUGCUGUCGUGGCAGCUGGAGCACUGCAGCCAGGGCUCCUCCUGCAUCUCCUGCUCCAUGGGCAGCUCUCCCUACGACAUUCCCAGCUGCUGCAACUGCAUCCACGACCGAACUCCACUAAAGAUGUUGUGUGAAAGCAUGAAGAGGCAGAUCAUUUCCAGAGCCUUUUAUGGAUGGCUGGCUCACUGCCGCCACCUGUCCACGGUGCGCACGCACCUGUCGGCGCUGGUGAACCACAGCAUCGUGCCCCCCGACCGCCCCGCCAGCGCCGCCGCCGGCCUCACCAAGGAGGUCUGGAGCAAGUACCAGAAGGACAGGAAGAACUACAAGGAACUGGAAUUACUAAGAAGAGUUUACUAUGGUGGGGUCCAGCAUGAGAUUCGGAAGGAAGUGUGGCCAUUCUUGUUAGGUCACUACAAAUUUGGCAUGGCCAAGAAGGAGAUGGACCAGGUGGAUGCAGACAUUGCUCUGAGGUACCAGAAGGUGAUGGCUGAGUGGAAGGCCUGCGAGCUCAUUGUGAAGCAGCGCGAGAAGGAGUCGCACUCAGCCACGCUGGCCAAGUUCUCCUCGGGCAGCAGCAUUGACAGCCACGUGCAGCGCCUCAUCCACAGGGACUCCACCAUCAGCAAUGAUGUGUUUAUCUCUGUGGAUGAGACAGACUCGGUGGAGCAGGAGCCCAAGGGGCAGGAGGAGCCCACGCUGACAGCAGCAGCAGCCCCUGCAGCCGUGGAGUUCGACUCGCCCGACUCGGGGCUGCCGUCCUCCCGCAACUACUCGGUGACCUCGGGCAUCCUGUCCAGCAUCGACGACGGCCAGAGCGGCUCCUUCGAGGAGGGGGCAGAGGAGGAGGGCAGCACUGAGCUGGCAGGGACUGAGCUGGGCACACCCUGCGUGCAGAGAGCCAGGGCAGGGCUGCUGCAGGCCCAGGACUCUGUCUCAGAGGAGCAGCUGUGUUCCCAGGAUUAUUUAGUGGACGUCGCCUCCGUCUGCGCUGCGUCCUACACAAUAGAGUUAUUGGACACUGUUGCCUUAAAUUUGCACAGAAUUGAUAAAGAUGUCCAGAGAUGUGACAGGAAUUACUGGUAUUUUACUGCUGAGAACCUGGAGAAGCUCCGAAACGUCAUGUGCAGCUAUGUCUGGGAGCACCUAGAAGUUGGUUAUGUCCAAGGCAUGUGUGACCUCCUGGCUCCUUUGAUGGUUAUUCUUGACAAUGAUCAGCUGGCCUACAGCUGCUUCAGCCACCUGAUGAAGAGGAUGAGCCAGAACUUCCCCAACGGAGGUGCUAUGGACACACACUUUGCCAACAUGCGCUCCCUCAUCCAGAUUCUGGACUCAGAACUUUUUGAAUUGAUGCACCAGAAUGGAGAUUACACUCAUUUUUACUUCUGCUAUCGCUGGUUCCUACUUGACUUCAAGAGAGAAUUGUUGUACGAGGAUGUAUUUACAGUGUGGGAAGUUAUUUGGGCAGCAAAGCACAUCUCUUCAGAACAUUUUGUCCUUUUCAUUGCCUUAGCACUUGUGGAAGUUUAUCGAGAGAUUAUCCGUGAUAACAACAUGGACUUCACUGAUAUCAUCAAGUUUUUUAAUGAAAUGGCUGAGCACCACGAUGCUGCAGAGAUCCUGAGGAUAGCCAGAGACCUUGUCUACAAAGUGCAGACAUUGAUUGAGAACAAGUGACGUGGACAGGCUGUCCUGGGGCCUCACUGGGAGCCACUGGAUGGAGCAUUCCUUGCACUGGAAUUCCAAAUGGUGUUUUAACUGCAUCUUCCAUGUAAUGUAAUAAAUAGUGAGGAGAUGGUAACAGACUUUUAAAACCUGAACUUGCCCUUCACCAGAUGAGGUUGGUGUUUGAUAGUCCCUGUUACACUCACUUUGUAUUUCUAGACAAAAUCUUUUUGCAUUCUCUAUUUCCCUCUCUAGAAGACAUCUGUCUACAUCUUUGUGAUGUUGAAAGGGGGGAUUUGACAAAACUGCACCAUUUCUGUUUUGAAUCUCUGCACCUGUAAAGCCUGGAUGCACCCUGUGUGCUCUGCCUGAAGCUGCUGUGGAGGCAAGGCCAGGCCCACUGUGGCAAGCACUGGAUUGGGUCCUUGGAGGAGCACAGUCCUGGACUCGCUGUCUUUGCCUUGAACAUGGAAGAGAACGUGUCUGAGCCCACAUUGCUAAAAUGUUUGGCUUUGUAGUUAGCAGUAAUUAAAGCUGAUAAGGUUCCUGGCUGGGAGAAUGGCCUUAACCUAAAUGCCACAGUUCAUGGGAGCAGUGAGGAGCUCAUGAGCUAAAACCCCAGUUUGGCCUUGGCUGACUGGCUCACACUGCUCAGCCUUCAUGGCCCACACAGCCCUGCCUCUGUUUUGCUCUGCACACUGACCCUGUGCCCACUGCCAGCUGCCAGGCCCUGCUCUGUGCUGCUCAGGUGAGCAGGUUCAGGACCCUGCUCAGGCUGGCAGCUCCUGCUCCCUGUGCUGUGCAGAGCCAUGGAUUCACAGCCCGUGGAGGGCAGAGGGCAGUGCCCAGCCUCCUCCAGAUCCCUCCCUGCCCUGCAGAGCUUUCAGGGGGUCUCUGUGGGGUCCUGCAGACACAAACCAGGUGCUGGUCUCUGAGCAGGAUCAGCCCUGCCAGGGGAAGGAGCUGGAAUUGCUGGGGGGCUCCGAGUUGCUGCUGCAGCCCCUGCUGGGGUGUGGAGCCCUCCAUGUGCCCAGGACUGUCUGUGCCCUGUGCCCAGGGAGUGCCAGGGGCUGGUGGGGAACUGUGCUCCCAGCAGGGCUGCUGGCUCUGCUGGGGCUGCACAGGGCACAGCUCUCACCUGUGCUCUACUUGCUUUCCCCAGGUGAGUGCUGCUAGGUGAAAGUGUGUCUCUGGGUCAGCCAGGGGAGGGAGGGAGGAGGUUCUUGCUGAUGGAGUCAGCUGCAGAUUCCACAGAUAAGGAGCUGACACAGAAUGUCCUGCAGCCCCUAGCCCAGCCCUGCCCCCAGCCUGGACAGCCCCAGUCCCAGCAGUGCCCAACCCCCACAGCCCCCACGGCUGCUCUGCAGUCCCAGAAGUGCUCCAGGUGUGUCUGUCUGUUCUCUUGAAAACUGAAAAAGUAUUUUUUAAAAGAAUGAGAAGAGUGAGAAAAACCUCCAACUCCCAGAGGCUGGGAAGUGAUGGAUGUACAGAUAAUACUGUACUAUUUUCCUUUGGUAUGUUGGGAAUGUUCUGUACAGCUGUUUCACACAAACCCAAUCUGUGAACUUUGCUGUAUUUGUUAGAACAUUCUGUCUGAUUGGAUUUUAUCAAUGUUGUGUAUUAUUUAUUUUUGUUGGGAGCAGAUUAUUCUCUUUAUUGCUCAAUUAUUUAUGUUUAAAUGUAACUUAUGAAUAAAUACUUAUUGUCAAGGCAUCCCGUGGAGCUCUUUGGGAGCAAUUUCUCUCCCCCCAAGGUGAUUCCAGCAACGGAACAGGGAUGGAGGCUGUCUGGAGGACAGGGUGAGAUGUAAUUAAUGUUUCUCAGAUGAGCUUCAUAGGCUGUAGUGCUGAAGACAAUAAAUAGGUCACCAUGAAGGAGUCUCUUGAGGUCCCUUAAAUGGCUUUAAGGCAGCUUUCAUGUACCCACUGGCUGAGCCUGAGCCAGCCCAGCCCACCAACAGAAAAAGGCUUAUGACAAGUGUUAAAAAGUAAGAGUUUCAUCCUGAAAUUUUAGGCCUGAUUGUGCUGCAGCUGCAUUAAAUUCAGCUGAGCUGCUGGACUUCAGGAGGGAUCCUCCUCCAUCACUGCCAGUCCUUGUUCAAAGCCCUUAAACUCCUCCAGCUACAUCUCCUCUGCAGCAGGGCUGGUCCCUCCUCACUCUCACCUGCCUGCUUGGCUGCUACUGGCAGUUUUUGCAGCUGCUCCAGGUUUUUAAGCUAAAUAGGUCUGCCUGGAGAUGAGUCCCUGGGGAGUUAGGGAACAUUGCCCCAUUCCACCACAGAAAGUCCCAACAAAGGCCUCUGUGUGCUGGGGUGGGUGCAGCCCUCCCUCAGCCACUGCCCAUUACAGCUGCUAAUCAGGAACUUACCCCUAUCAGCAAGGAUCAGUGCAUCCAAAGACACGUUGGCCUAAACAAAGUUCCAGUGUCCUUGUGUGCUCUGCAUUCACCUGCUGCGUGGUGGGACUGGGCUGGGCAGGCACGUGAGCACCACAGUGGGGUUACAGCUGGCUCUGCUCCCUCUGUCCUUCCCACACAUCCCACCGGUCUCAGUAAUUUUAAUGCAGUUAUUUACACCCGUGGUGUCCCCCCAGCCCCUCUGCCUGAGCCCACCCGGGCUCCAGCCCCACCCUGACCUGCCCCAGCACCACCGUGGGGUUUGACUUGCCCAGUGCUGGAUGAUCAUCCACGUCCAUCAGUCCAGUGCUGGAGACAAGGGAGCAGAGCCUGGGCUGCAGCACCUGCAGGACAGAGAGCAGCUGCAUGUGAGCAGGGCUGGCCCAGCCUGCACAGCAGGGACAGUCCCAGCAGGAGGGGCCGGGCACGAGCUGCUCUGCUGGGACUCCUGUGCCCUGUGCAGGGCUGGCACAGCUCCUCAGCAGAAGGGCACAGCACAGGGCACUGUUUCCCAAGCUCUCACAGAUUCCUGAAGCUGCCAAGGCUUUGCUUUCCCCUGCAUGGCUCUGCUGGAUCCAGGCACGGCCCUCGGGCAGCUCCAGCCCCGCGGAUCCGUGAGUCUGGAGGGAAGGCACUGCUCUUGGAACUGGGAAAUCACAAACAAAGUGAGGGAUCUGCAUGCAAAGCACAGGGAAGCAAAUGCAGAAAUCUGUUUCUGAUUUCAGUGCAUGUUUAUUUCAGUUUUAUAUUUAUUUCAGGCAAGUGCUUAUUACAUGGAUAUCAUUCAUGUUGGAUACCUAAAUUCUGGAGCAUGAAGAGCCAGUAUUGUACAGCUGAAUAGUAAAAAUACAAUAUGUACAAAAUUAGUUGCUUUUUCACAUAGCAGAUGUAUCCAAACACAUAAAAAUCUUUACAGUCUAGUUUGUCAAUAUUCAGUAUUUCAGUAAAUUGGUAACACAGUGACACGUCCUCACUGUAAACACAGACUGCACCUGCCCAGGUGAGCGGGGGCUCCUGUGAGGUGCAGGGCAGGGACGGGGCUCCCAGUCAGCAGCUCCAGUGCCACAUUCCUGGCGGGGAGCACGGCGAGACACAAUAAAUAAAUAAAUGCUGGAGGCAGAGGGAGGGGGUGAAGGCAGUGACAGAGCAGGGGGUCCCCGCUCCCACCACCAGCGAUGCCCAGGCUGGGGCCUGACCAGAAGCCAAUAAAUCAGGGGGUGGUUGCAGUCAGUCCCUGAUUUCUCGCCCUGCCAAGCCCCCACACUUUUGGCUCAGGUUAAGGCGUAUCCGUAAGGCGUUGGCAGCAGCGGCCAGAGCUCCCCAUGGCCACAGCCCAGCAGCUCGGGGACCUGCCUGCCUGCCUGCCUGCCAGGGGAAACACAACAGGGAUGCCAGGCAGUCUGGGGCAUUUCCCUCCCACUCCCAAUUCCUACCCACAGCACAAGCAAUGGGCUGAGCCAAAGGGCCUCGCCCAGAGCCAGAGCAGAACCAGCCCUGCCGUGCUGGUGAGGAGCACACGACAUCCCAGCCCAGAGCAGCCCUGUCCCCACAGCAACACUGCAGGGACAGGGACCAGUGCAGCCUCCCUCCACUGCUCAGCAGCCCCAGGCAAGGACUGAGCCCUCCUGGCAACAGCCAAGCACAGCCUCUGCCAAGACUGCACCCACCCAGUGCUGGGCUCGGGCUGGUAUUUAAUAAUUCAAGUUUGGAUUAUCAAGUUCUGUUCAACAGGGACAGAAGAAGCCAUGACUGAUUCUAUCCACAGCCUAUUUUCCUUAACACUAAACAUCCACUUCUAACAACUGAUGUUUCACUCAGGGAGGAAAUAACCUAAAGAUAGUGUUAUAAUCCAUUUUAAUCUGUCCCAAAUGAUAACAAGGGAUAGAAAACAGGCCAUAAGUAUGAGGGUUUUCCUCUCCUCAUCCCCAUAGCUUUUAGAAUCAAAAUGAGACUGGAAUGAACAACUGUUCAGAAAAACACAUGCCAAGUCUCAGAGAAGCCUCACCUGGGGGUGCUCAGAGCUGCCCACCUCCACUCCAGCUCCACCAGCCCUCUGCAGCAGCCACGUAUCUAACUGAGCUAAUUAAACAAGUGCCUGAACACCGAGACAGGCUGAGCCAAAGUCCUGCUCGGGGAAGCAGAGGUCACCUGGUUCAUCUGGCCAAGGCUGUUGACCCCACUGGGGGCACUGGAUACCCAUCAGAGAAAGCAAAGGGGCCGAACAAGCACUGACCACAUCAUCACACGGGGCGAAGGACACUGUCCCCUGUCCCCUGGCACACAGGGGAUCUCCAGAGCCCAUGUACCCACCCAGCCUGGAACAGUUCUCACUUUUUUUUUUCUUUAAAUGCAAAAAACGCCCUCAGGAUGCAAACCAGUCCGAAGAGACACAGGCUACAUACAAAAACCAGACACAAGAAGCCUUGCAUUGCAUGUCUACAGGAAUCUACCAGGCGUGCGCACGACAACAACCACACCGACACAGCAGCGACACCUCACCUCCACCUAAACCACCCAAAGGCAUUGUUUUUGUUUCUUUUGUUACAGAAGGCCACUUUGAAAUAAAACAAAGAAAAAAAAGACAAGGAGCCCAACAGCAGGGGCAGAGCUGGCUCAGUGGGAUGAUGAACACUCCGGCCAUGCCGUGGGCGCGGAGAGCAGAGGCCGAUGCAAAGGGCUGGCCCCUCUGUCCAGCUCUGCUCAGGAACCAAAACCCAGCUGGGACAAUGGCCAGGGCCCAGUGGUGACACUGGAGCCCUUCUGGCCUUUGACACCCAGCACAGCCCCAGCACGGACAGACAGAUGGACACACACACACACACAGGGGCAGAAAAACCCCGACAGCAGCAGUUUGGCUCCAGCCCUUAUCUCCCCAUGUGAAACUGGGGCAGCAGCUGCCCCUCUCUGUGCCCCCAGGGACACUCGACCCCUCGGAUCCCAACUGCAACUGCAGAGAACAUGGGAAAUCAGAUCACUUCCCUUCCUCAGAUAAACUACACAGAUCUGGCUCAUUUUCACUGGUGAGGUCAGGAAUACAUUCCUGUAUCUAAAGUGUCAGCAUUAAGAGCUCUUCUCAGGACCAUUUUAAAGCAGCAGUUUGGGUUCUUUGCCCUCUGCCUGCACCUCCCUGGCAGUGGCUUUGGCAGGCUCAGGUUCCCCAUGGCACCACAGCCACAAACAUCUGCCCAGCUGCAAACACCCCGGCCCUGCUGGCUGAGCUCCAAGCACAAGCCCAGCUCCUGAGCAGGAUUUGGCUGUGGGCAGCAGCACAGGGGCUGCAAGGACACAAGAACCAACUCCACUGACCAACAGGCCCUGAGCCAGGGGUGACAGGACAGAAAAUCCUCUCAACUACUACACAGAAACCCCAUUUUCUAUUGUUUCUGUGGCAUGGUUACCAAUAACUAAUAUUAUUCAACAACAGAAGAGAUUUCUUGUAAACUUCAUAUUUAUUGAAUUUUUGGGGAACAAAUUAGAUCUUAUGAAUCCCCAAGUGUACAUAUAUAUUUAUAUAUAGCUUUCUCCAUAGGGAAAACAUCUAUUAAAGGAGGACAGACAUUCCUAAAGUGCCCCUUGUCAUACAGUACUGAACGGAAUUUCUAAGAGCAUCAGUGUAAAUCCAAAGUUUCUGAGCAGGAAUAACAGAGGUGGAAAAGGAAGGACUGUGGCUGCUCUUCUUCCCACAGAAUAGAGGGGAGUUUGCUGACUUCAAAAAACAAAAAGAAAAAAAUCCCAAA